AUGAAAUCACCAGUUCAUCUUAUAAUAUUACCUGAAAAUGCUUUAAGCUGGUUCUCAAAGGCAUUAGAACAAGUUUUUAUCAAACAAGUUGUCAAAAAAUACAACAAAGAUGCGAACAAUAAAAUUACUGAUUUUAAACUUAAGAAG